AUGUCCAUGUCACCACGAUCAUCCAACAGUGAUGGCGGGCCGCCGCCGAACAAGAGAAAACGCUCGUACGCUGGCACCAACAGCGCUGGAUAUGACAAUUCGAGGGCGAACAAUGAAGAACAGCCAAGAAAUGGUAUCCGCUAUAACAAUCCUCCUCCGCCUUCCUCACAACCAAUGAACCACGUCCCAAAGCGGGGAUCAAGGGCUUGUACGAAUUGCCGUCGCGGUAAAAACCGUUGCGAGUUUGAAGGAGAAGGCCCAUGCAGGAGAUGCAAACUCGCAAAUUUGCCAUGCAUAUUCGAAAAACCAGAGAGGAAACCUACUUUGCCACCCACAACCAGUAUCGCCGUUGAAAGAGUAUCAAAUCUUGAAAAUCAAUUCAUGAGCAUGCAGAGCCAGAUUAUUGCCAUGCAGUCAACUCUUGAUCGCAUCCUCAGCACCAUUCAAGGGGGUAUCACCCUUCCAGCUAUCAGUCACUCUCCCACCCACUAUGUCAGCAACAGUAAUGGCCAUUCGCACAACGAUUGUGCACACAUUGAGCGUCUGUAUAGUCCUGCCUUGCCUAAUUCUUCCCUCAUCCCAUCUUCAGCCACCCGUAGCACCACUGGUCUCGAUUCACGGCAGCUCUUCCAGGAGGAAAGUCACCUGAGAGGGUCUGUCGAGAACGGGUAUGCGGUUCCAAACAGACAACAGAAUUUCCCUCCUCUCCCCGGCUUUGCCCCUCCUCCCCACAAAUAUGCAACGUACGGCAUCGUCCCCAGUACGACACCUUCAUCAGAAGACGAAUCGGAAGACACUUUACCGAGAGCAUCUUUGAAUGCCCCUAUCGAAGCGCUUCAAGGGUUAGCGAAUGCUGCAGCGGAGGUAGCUGCAGCUUCAUCUUUAUCUUCAUCAAGGGCUCCCAAGCUACUGAGCCGAAAACGGGUAGAACCAAUUCCACGCAAUGCAUUCCCAAGCGUGGUCGACAAGGGCCUAGUCUCGGAGACGGAAGCUCGCGAACUAUAUCACAUCUUCUUUUCUGGCUGUCAUCUAUUCAUUCCUCUUUUCGACCCAUCAUACGACACCUUCGAGUCGUUACGGUCGCGCACCCCAUUCUGUUUUGAUUCUAUCCUGGCGGUUGCAUCCAAAAUCCGAGCAGGAAAUGGUCAGCCAACCCAAACCCACUACCAUUGUCUUGAGAACGCCCAAGGUAUCGCAAGAAGCACUCUGUUUGGACCUAUAGUACGGAAGGAGGCUGUCCAAGCAAUGCUUUUAUUGGCUGCCUGGAGCCCUUCUGGAUGGCUUCCUGGUGGUCAUGCCAUUCGCAUGGCACUCGACCUUGGUCUUCAUCGUGCCUUGGAGAAGCUUGCUGAUACCGAUCCCAAUGUGCCCAUUAAGAAGCGUAGUGAGGACGAAGAGAGAGAUCUUGUUGUUUCCGCCAGGAUUUGGCUCUGCUUAUAUUGGUUUGAUCAUCAAAUGAGCUUGGGCACCGGGCGCCCUGUGAUUUUACGUGGCGGAAACAGUGUCAAGUAUUGUGGGAUCCUGCUAACUCAUCCGAUGGCUAGCCCGACAGAUGUCAGAUUGAUCUCGCAAAUUGAACUGAUAGCCCAGAAGAGUCAAAUACAUGAAACCCUGCUCUCUAUGAAUGGUCAGGUCGAUAAUUCGACAUUGGCGUUCGUUCGCCGUGCCAGCAUUGCUCUGGACAAAUGGUGGGAAGAAUGUGAUGAACUUCACCGUACGACAAUGGACCCGGAGUCGCUUCUUCGCAAAAUUCUCGCUGGGGAUCUGCAUUACGCCAAGUUGUGGCUCAUUUGCGUGAUUCUCCGGGGAGCAUCGUGGGACAAGAUGAGCUACGAACAGCGUGAUCUCGCUUUCCAAGCUAAGGAGGCGGCUUCCGACUGCUUGAACACGUUCCUCGGAUCUCCAGCGUAUCGUGCAGCUCUUAGAUAUGCGGUGCAUGACAGCCUCGUGACAGCCGCGUUCUCUGGACUCUUCCUGCUGAAGAUGGCCAAUCUCUUCCCCCGAGAGGUGGAUCUUUCGGGUAUUAUUGUUCAAGUGGAGCAGCUCGCGCAACUUUUUACCGAGGUUGCGGCUGAAAGAUACGCUCUUACCCUACGUCUCAUGAUAGCUAAUCUACGACGGAAAGUAGGCUUAGCGACCGGUCAACAAACCCCCGUCCAUCAGGAGCACGACCUUGCUGCUGUUGCAUCCAGUGGCAUAUCUCUAGAUCAUAGUCAUUUCGCCGAACACACGGCGAGUAAUGAUGAACUAGGUACCGUUCCUGCACAGGCUUCCUUACCCCCAGUCAGGCUACAAGAUUUAACCUCUUCAUACGCGAGCGAUAUGAUGUUCAGCACUGCAACUAUUCCGAUGUGGUUACAAGAGACGAGCCUCACCGACCUCAGUUUGCCUGUCAACGGCUCGGACGGAAUAUUUCUGCCCAUAGGGUUCUCAAAUCAGUGGCCUGGAGAUGCGCGAACCUAUCAGGCUUACUGA